AUGAAUGUCGGGGAUAGUGAAUGGUGGGUUAGUGUCAGUGUUUUCGGAGUGUUUUCGGAUAAGAAAAGGAUGAUAUUUGCGGAAUUCAACAAAGAACUACAAAUAUCUAAUGACCUCCUCCUACUCAGAGGUAGAAAGGUAAAUAAUGGGGAUAGAUACAACAGGACAGGACAUAGGGAGGACAAGUGCGCGGGAAAGUAUCAGGUCCAAUGCGUAGGAAAUGUCAGUGUCCGAUUAGUGGAUAAACAUUGGAUUGAGCGGUGCACUCUGCAAAUAGCCAGUUAUGGAAUAGAUGAGAACAAUCAAUCAGCUGCACCUUGA